AUGGACUUGGUUGCAAACCCCACCUUUCAUUCCCUAUUGCCCUGCGCCGAUCUAAACUUCAUCCGAUUCGUCCGUGAGGCUUUCGGAAAGAAACCGGAAACCGGUGGUGAUUAUCUGCCCUUCCUCCUCAAUGAGAAAAUAAACCUGAUCCAAAGGCCUCGUCUUGAGCGCCAAAGAGCGACUGGAGCGGGCAAGAGAAAGAGGCAAAGAGACGCCCGGGAUCAUUUCCAAUCGCGAGGCACAAGGAAGAUUCGCACGGUACCCCAAGUCCGAUUGGCCGAGCGCCUGCAGCGAAUUUCGUCCAACGUUUUCGGUUCCUCCCACAUCCUUCUCCCUUCAACCAUGUCCCUCACCGUUCUGCGCUCACUUCGCGGCUCACACCAAACUAGAGCAUGGGCCUCAUUCGCUCGUGUGCGCUACAUGAGCGCAGAUAGCAGCACCAGUUCGCUCGCGGAGCUCGACGCUUCGAGAGUUGAGAUCGUGAGGACGACGAAGCCUGGUGUGCCUCCACCCUCCAGCACACUCAAGUUUGGCCACACCUUUACCGACCACAUGUUGACCAUUCCCUGGAAUGUUAUCUCUGGAUGGGGAACGCCAAAAAUUCAACCAUACGCACCACUCGCCCUUGAUCCCAGCUGCACUGUCCUCCACUAUGCCCAAACCAUCUUCGAGGGCCUCAAGGCCUACCGUCAAGAAGACGGCAAAGUUACCCUUUUCCGACCCGACAUGAACAUGAAGCGGAUGAACACGAGUGCACAACGCAUUGCUCUCCCUACCUUCAACGGCGAACAACUCCUCGAGCUCGUCAAACAGCUUAUCCGGAUAGAUAAGGACUGGAUUCCAAAGGAGCCAGGACACAGUCUCUAUGUUCGACCUACACUCAUCGGAACUCAGAGGGCCAUUGGCGUCGGCCCACCCAACGAAGCUCUCCUCUUCGUUAUUCUCAGCCCGGUCGGACCUUACUACCCUAACGGGUUCAAGCCAGUUUCUCUCUACGGCACAACCGAAUACGUUCGUGCCGCUCCAGGCGGUACCGGAGCCUACAAACUCGGUGUCAACUACGCACCAGGCAUCCUCCCGCAACGUGAAGCCGCGCAACUCGGCUACGCCCAAAAUCUCUGGCUCCAUGGUCCGGAGCACUACCUCACCGAAGUGGGCACCAUGAACCUCUUCGUCGUCUUCCGCGACCCCACCACCAACGAGCUCGAACUCGUCACGCCCCCACUCGACGGGAUGAUUCUCCCUGGUAUCACGCGUGAUUCCGUCCUGUCUCUUGCGCGCCAGCAUGCAGAUGGCAAGUACAGCGUUAAGGACCUACCCGCCAAGAUCAAGGUCAGCGAGAGGCCGGUGACGAUGCAGGAAGUGAAGGAGGCGAGCGAGAAGGGGACCUUGGUGGAGAUGUUCGGUGCUGGUACCGCUGCUGUCAUCAGUCCUGUAGACAGGAUUGGGUACAUGGGCGGAGAUGUGCAUAUUCCUACUGGACCAGACGGCAUGGGACCCGUCUCGAGGCCGAUCUGGAAGGAGUUGGUGGGCAGGCAGACGGGCGAGAUUCCUAGCGAUUGGAGUGUUGAGAUUUAG